UGGCUCGGAGGUUGGCCCUCGGAGCUGCUGCUGCUGAGGCGGCUGCGGCGGAGCAGAGGCGCGGCGGCGGCGCUGCUCGCCCCGGGCCGCUCGGCCUCAAGGCUCGUCUCCCAGCCUCGCCUGAGCCCGUCGGGGCUCGCGCCGACCAGCGCCUGCCCUAUGAGUGUGUCACUGGUUGUCAUCCGCCUGGAGCUCGCAGAACACUCACCGGUCCCCACCGGCUUCGGCUUCAGCGCCGCUGUCGGGGAAAUGUCUGAUGAGGAGAUCAAAAAGAAGACACUAGCUUCAGCUGUAGCCUGUUUAGAAGGGAAAUCACCAGGGGAGAAAGCAGCGAUCAUACAUCAGCAUCUUGGCCGUCGAGAAAUGACAGAUAUGAUCAUUGAGACCAUGAAGGCCAACCCAGAUGAGCUGAAAGCUACAGGGGAAGACAGGAAGUCUUCAGAAGCAUCACCCACUGCACAGAGAAGUAAAGAGCAAAGUAAAGAAGGCAUAAACACUGCUCCCGAUUCUCCAUCCAAACAGCUUCCAGACCAGAUUUCGUUCUUCAGUGGAAACCCCUCCGUUGAAAUAGUUCAUGGUAUUAUGCAUCUAUACAAGACAAAUAAGAUGACUUCCUUAAAAGAAGAUGUGAGGCGCAGUGCCAUGCUGUGUAUUCUCACAGUCCCUGCUACAAUGACCAGUCAUGACCUUAUGAAGUUUGUCGCCCCAUUUAAUGAAGUAAUUGAACAAAUGAAAAUCAUCAGAGACUCUACUCCAAAUCAGUAUAUGGUGCUGAUAAAGUUUAGUGCACAGGCUGAUGCAGAUAGUUUUUACAUGGCAUGCAAUGGCCGCCAGUUCAACUCAAUAGAAGAUGAUGUUUGCCAGCUGGUCUAUGUGGAGAGGGCUGAAGUACUGAAAUCUGAAGAUGGGGCCAGCCUCCCUGUGAUGGACCUAACGGAGCUCCCCAAGUGCACAGUGUGUCUAGAGCGCAUGGACGAAUCCGUGAACGGCAUUCUCACCACCUUAUGUAACCACAGCUUCCACAGCCAGUGUCUGCAGCGCUGGGAUGACACAACGUGCCCUGUUUGCCGAUACUGUCAAACACCAGAGCCAGUAGAAGAAAAUAAGUGUUUCGAGUGUGGCGUUCAGGAAAACCUGUGGAUUUGUUUAAUAUGUGGCCACAUAGGAUGUGGACGGUAUGUGAGUCGACACGCCUAUAAGCACUUCGAGGAGACCCAGCACACAUACGCUAUGCAGCUCACCAACCAUCGAGUCUGGGACUAUGCUGGAGAUAAUUAUGUCCAUCGACUGGUUGCAAGUAAAACAGAUGGAAAGAUAGUACAGUAUGAAUGUGAGGGUGAUACUUGCCAGGAGGAGAAAAUAGAUGCCUUACAGUUAGAGUAUUCAUAUUUACUAACAAGCCAGCUGGAGUCUCAACGAAUCUACUGGGAAAACAAGAUAGUUCGGAUAGAGAAGGACACAGCAGAGGAAAUUAACAACAUGAAGACCAAAUUUAAAGAAACAAUUGAGAAAUGUGAUAAUUUGGAGCACAGACUAAAUGAUCUCCUGAAAGAAAAGCAGUCUGUGGAAAGAAAGUGCACUCAGCUAAACACGAAAGUGGCCAGACUCACCACAGAGCUCAGAGAGGAGCAGGAAAUGAACAAGUGUUUGCGAGCCAACCAAGUCCUCCUGCAGAACAAGCUGAAGGAAGAGGAGAGGGCGUUAAAGGAGACCUGCGACCAGAAGGACCUGCAGAUCACUGAGAUCCAGGAGCAGCUGCGGGACGUCAUGUUCUACCUGGAGACGCAGCAGAAGAUCAACCACCUGCCCGCUGAGACCCGGCAGGAGAUCCAGGAGGGACAGAUCAACAUUGCCAUGGCCUCGGCCUCAAGCCCCCCGUCUUCGGGGGGCAGCGGGAAGCUGUCCUCCAGGAAGGGCCGCGGCAAGAGGGGCAAGUGACCUUCAGAGAAACGCAUGUCCUUGAGACUGUGCUGGGGCCUUCAGCUAAAUGUGAGGGUGGACCCUGAAUAAGUAGAGGUGAGGGUGAAGCCGCAGCUGUUCGGACCUUUCAUUCGCUAGCGUGCGGCGUGACGAACGUUGGAGGGCUGACGGCUAGUAGAGCUGAGGGAAAUGGGCAGUGUUUUCAAAGGUGGCUGCUUUUUUCACCCGUAAUAGUUCACUGACCUCAGACGUUCUAAUGACCAUUUUGCCUUCCUACUUGACAGAUGCCCCAACUCUGCUGUGCAUUUUUCUGUUGUAUUUAUUGAGUUGGUGUAUUAGAUGUUCAGUUCUGGAGUCACUUUAAGAGGUCGAAUUUUUUUGUGUCCCCUCAAAGGUAACUAUCCUUAAAGCACCAAACCUGCCUGAGGUCAUAGCAGCUGCUUGAGAGAGAGGUUCUCCAUGACCACUGAGGAUUUAUGAAAAUUCCCUAGCAUUAGCAUUGGCAUCCCUCCCUGCCUCCAGGGAAUUGAAUAAUUGGUCAAAUGUUACAUGUAAAGAGGCUGGGUCUGUAAACCUGGCACUGGCUUGUCACCAGCAGCCAUCUCCUCUUGCUCCAGGCCUAGCCAGGAAAAACAAACAGCCCCGGGCAGACUGAGUGGACCCAGUGUAGGAAAAAUGGUGAUGUCCCCACUUUGUUUAUUUUUGAUGCCUCCACAGCUCAUUAUGUACCUCAGAGAAGGAGGCUAAAUGUUUGCUCUGAGACUCAAAUCUCAGAAUGGAUUUCCUAGCAUCCAGCAAGAAUAAGCAGGCAGAUUUAUCAUCCAUGUGAAAGGCAGGGUGAGGCCUCUGACUGGCUGACUGUAUUUUGCUGGGAUCGGGAUUUUCUGAGUGUUUACAAAAGAUUGGGCUGCGUGUUCAGGUUGCGGCUAAAGGGAGCUUGGGCAGAUUUUCAAUUAUGCCUUCAAGGUAUAUCCAAAAAGCUGCUGCUAAAUCCAAAAAUUAGAAUUUUAACAGAGGCCCCUUUAAAACAGUCAUGUAAUGCUUUUGUGGGCCAACAGAGGGGCUGUGUACUUUUUCUGGAAACAGAAAUGUCAAAAAAAAAUUCGUAAUGUGUGGUAAUUAAGCAAAAUUAAAGUAAGACCCGUGUUGGAAUUUCGCUUCCAAAAGAGGUAGCUGGGUAGGUUAACAAGACAUAGUGUUAAAUGUUGGGUUUUCUUUCCUGUUUUUAUAAUUAGCCAAGGCUUUCAAAUUAUCACACGUCAGAAUUGGUUCUUAGCCUACGAUUAGGCCUCAUCCUCUUUGACCUAAACAUUUUGCACGUUAUUUGUUCGCACACCAACUGUAUCACUAAUCACCAUCCACUUCUGUGGGAUGUGCCGCAGCAUUUCCCAAAGAACCUUCCCUGUAACUUUGCAACAUGAAUGUACUCAGACAUUCUCAAUUUUUUCUUAGGGCAAACCGACUCCAUAAGUCCCCCUUGCACUUCUAUAUACAGACAUCCUAAAGCAAGAGUGGGAAUGGGAAGCUAACUUAAUUCUCUUUCCUAUAGAGAUUCUAUUUUAUUUAAAAUCUAUUUUUACACUAGUUAGAAUCCUGCUUUUUUUGGCCAAGUACUUGUCUUGCAUGUCUGACCUUGCAGAAGCUGGGGUGCAUUGCAGCAUACUAAUUAAGAGAAUUAGAAGUAGUUGACAAAGCUUGCUUGCUCCUUUCUCUGUGAUCACCUCCACCAAGCAGCCGUACCACCAGCUGGGAGAAACAGAGAUUUUCAGUAUAGGUGGCAUAAAUGCUCUGAAAGGCUGUGCCAGAGGAAUGAGCAAAUAGGCAAAUGUUUCCAAACUACUUGAAGGUUUAAAGAAAAUGUUUUAUUAAACUGGUCAACGAGUCAUGUUUGAAUUUGACAAAAUUACAUAAGGUAGAAGCUGUUAGUGUUUCCUACAGGAUGGAAAUGAACCACUUAACGUAUCCAUACUACCUUGAACAGUGAAACUGCAUUAAAAUAACCAAACUUUGAAAUGAUUCUGCC